AUGGGUAACUUUCGUUAUUAUUCCCAGAAAUCUCUUCCACCGGAAUCAUCUGUCACCCGUCUCUCCCACCCAUCUUUCAUUCGCCGUUUGUGGAACGUCAUUUCACGACACUGUCCGCCUGCAAACGAAUCUGUUUCGGGAGAACGCCCCAACCGUAGUUUCUUUGCUCGUCGUGCUCGCUCAAAUCCGCCUGUAACUAUUUUACCCAGCCAACCGACAACAGCAUGGAAGGUCCGACUGGAAGAAGAAGACGAUUUGGAGGAAGAUGAUAAAGAUGAUGAUCCUUCCGUGAACACUCAGACGUGCACAAGUAAACUACAAGAAUGUGGAAGCAAGCAAGGGAAUGAAUCUCUUAUCGACAUUCAGGGCCCACCUCCCUAUGAUCUCACUCCCCAUACUGAGCUCCACAGCGAAGAACAUAGAAACUUCUGGAGACGGGUAAUGCAGAGCCCGCCUCCCUAUAAUCUUGCUCCCCUUGCUGAGCUCCGCAGCGAAGAGAAUAGAAGCUUCUGGAGACGGCUAUGCACAUUUGAACGAAGGAGCCUAGUUUCAUCAAAUCGGCUCCAGGGUUUGAGUCUUUGCGGUGCUCUAUUCUGGCACUGA